AUGUAUUUAUAGUAAAUAAUUCAUUAGAAUUACUAUCUUAAGAUCUUGUAGAAAAUGCAAAUAUAAAAUAUACUAAUAAAAAAAUUUGAUUAUCUCGUGUUAUUUUAACAAAUCAAUAUAAUGAAGAAGUAAUAUUAAUUUUAAAUGAUAUUUCAAAAUAAAAUGAGCUUUAAUAAUUAAUUUCAGAAGAUGAAUCAAACCAAAAGUAAAUUUAUUCAUAUAUAAUUUAAGAUUUUAGAAUCCUUUUCACAUGAAUUAAGAACUCCAUUCAAGGAGCUAUUAAUUAUUUAUCUAUUUUAUAAGACUCUGCUGAUUCUGAAAUAAUUAAAAAUAAAUAUACAGUUCCAGCAUUAAAUUUAAGCUAAAAUCUAAUCAUAUUUAAUAAGUGAUCUAAUUGAUUUUACAUCUUCAAAUACAAAAAAUUUAGAAUACUUGAUUAAGGAAUUCUCAAUGAGAUAUUAAUUAAUGAAAUUACUUCACUAUUUACUGUGUAAUUAACAGAGAAAAAUCUUGAAUUUAGAGUAGAUCCAUAGGAUUGUUGUACAACUACAGUAACAAGUGAUUAUACUAAGUUAAUGUAAAUAUUGGUGAAUUCAUUACAAAACUCUAUUAAAUUUUUAACUGAACAAUUUAUUUUUUUGAAAAUUUAAUCACAUACGAAAGAAAUAUUAAAAUUUACAGUUAGUUAUGUGGAAUAAGGUCUUUCAUGCAUGAAUAUAACAUAGAUUUAAUCAUAUUUAAAUAAUUUGGAGAAUCAAAAAGAGAUUUAAUUAUAUAACACAUGGUAGGGAUUAGGUUUAUUGAUUUCAGCUAUGUUAGUUUCUAAAGAAGGACCAUUUGAUAAAAGUAAAAUAAAGUUUGAAUCGAUGGAAUUAAUAUGA